AUGGAUCCAUCAAACGAGUCUGAAGAAGUCGGCACUUCCGUCCCAGAGCGACCUUCCUGCCAGGGAUGUCGCCGUCGCAAGCUCAAAUGUUCACGCGAGUCACCAACGUGCUCACAAUGCGAGCGAUUAGGGGCUCCAUGUGUGUACGAUGCAAAGAAAGGGAAGCCUGGCCUAAGGACAGGAGCUGUUGAAAGCUUGAGUCGCCGUAUCGAAGUACUUGAGGACGCGCUCCUGCGAGAAAGAGAGAACAAUGAUGGACAUACCAGCAAUGGAUGUCGGUCGAAUAGCCCGGGAAACGAACGUUUAGAUGGCGUGGUCAACCUCCUAUCCACCGUUUGUAUGGAGCUUUGUAAGCUCAAUAACCGAAAUGAAAGCAGGGCUCAUGACUCGAGUUUCAAUUCUAUGCCUCGCCCCUCCUAUAAUGGAGUGUCGGUAGAGACACCCUCUCAGCCAUCAACUGCAGCAGAUGGCUAUGAAACUCACGGGUCGCCUUACGCUCAGCCACGAAAGCGACGACGGAUUGACAGCUGUGGAAACCCUAAAAUCGAACUUGCCUUACCAUUGGAGGAUCUUCUCGAUGCCACAAGCAGUCUCCCUCCCCCAGAGCUACUGGAAAAUAUUGUCACUGCCUACUUCAUUAACAUCCAACCGUGGAUACCUAUUCUUCACGAGACACGAUUUCGGGCUCGGGUGCAUGAUCCAGACCAGAGGACCCGUUUGGUCAUCGUCAUCCAUGCGAUCAUCGUUGCGGCUAUUCGCUUUGCACGCCCGGGAGCUCACGGUCUUUCGGCGGCCGACGUGGAGUCCCAGACCAAAACUUCUAGGAGCAUCGUCGUCUUGAAUGCGAUGGAUAGUCUUUCCGUCGAGAAUCUCCAGGCUUUGACUAUUAUAGCUUUUGACGAUAUUGGAAAUGGAAACACAUCUAGAGCAUGGUCAAUAGUUGGCUCCUUGACGCGAACUGUGGAAUACCUCCGGCUGAGUAUCGAAGAUGAGGAUGAUGACACGCAGAGACUAUUGAAGCCCCUCCUAUCGUUACCACCCUCGAAGGAAUGGGUCGAAGAAGAAGAAAGGAGACGUGUCUUUUGGAACAUAUUCAAUUUGGACCGAUUUUGUUCUGUUGCAACAGGUUGGAACACAAGUCUCACUGCAGAUGAUGUACACAGACGACUACCUGCCGAUGGUGGCUUGUGGCACCGAGAAGAGCAAGUAAUUACGCCCUUCUUUGGAAUCUGGGAUAGAUCCGAAGCACGGAUUGGGAACUCGAUCGCAUUUUUGCCUGCCCAGUACUCGAGUAACCCUAAAAGCCCUAAACCGGUACCUGAUGUGAAUUCGCCGCACAGCUCCCCACAAGACGUCUCUCAUCCUGUGACAAAUUCGGCGCAGCCAGACAUGUCCACCGUCGGAGCAUUUGCAUACUGUAUCGAGGCGACCGAAUCUCUGAGUCGCGUGACGACUUUUUUCCUUCAACAGAAAAUCAACUUCCAGGACCGAAGGGAGGUCAGCAGUUGGUUGACUCGCUUCAAAGAACUUGAUCUACGCUUAGUACAUUGGAAAAUGUUCCUACCUCAGAAGUGGAGGGACUCUAAUAUAUCGCGUCAGCCGACGUUAAUACACAUGGAUCCGAACUUAACUCUUACACACGUUACUCACAAUACCUCCAUGAUCCUUUUGCACCAACGUAUCGCUUAUCCGCCUGCUGAGUGGGCCAACAUCGUUCGACUCCCAAGUGUUUGUAGCGCGGAGACUUGUCAGAACGCCGCAAUCGAGAUCCAAAACAUGACGGCGAAAUACCUCAGCAACACACCGGAGUCAUCUCCCGUUAGCAACCAAUUCAUAUUUUGCGUGUUUGUCGCAGCAAGAGUUCUUCUAGUCCAUUGGCGUUAUUAUGGAUCAGAUCUUGCCCAGGAAACGUGGGAUCUGGUCAACAGUCUAGAUCAAAUGGCUUGUCGGUGGCUGGGGUCCAGCUCAUCAAAUGGCCGUUGUCUUGCAAGCACCUACGCAGACCACCUAAGAGAUUUGCACCAACGUUGCAUCGCCGCUCCCCAUUUUAGUGUUGACGUGCUGGGAUACUCGACCGUUGUAUCAAAUAGUCACCCACAAUCCUCUACCCGAUCAGUCACCACUGGUCGCACACCUACAGAACAGCAGAAUCGCAACUCUCGCGAUGAACGCCCCUACAACACCAACCCACCUGUUUUCGCCAAUUUCAAUGCAACCGACACUGCAACGAGUCAAGAUAUAUCUCCCUCUGAUCCUCACUGGAGCAUGGCAAAGGAUAAUAUUACUUCGAGACAUAUGGCCGCCAAUUACGUCGAAUCUGGUGUAGGGUCGCGAGUUGCAACCGGAGUCACGCCGGAUGUGGAUUAUUCAAUCAACUGUGCACCUCCAGCUGAUGAGCUUUCCAACAUCUCAUAUCUUCUGUUGGAUCAAAGGUUCAUGGAUAUGGAUCGGGUGAUCAGUCUAGAUGACAUGAUGUUUUCCACGAAUAUGGCAGCAUCAGUGAAUGGUCCGACUGAUUGA